AAGCCCCACGUGCACAACUUCGAUGACAAGCGGACAGGCAUCGAGGUGCAGGUGCUCAAGGAGCGCAUGACGGCGAGCGCAACGGGCUGGUACUGGGUCAGCUCGGAGCGCCAGUUUGCAGACGGCUUCACCAAGCUGGCAGCGCGACAGUUGUUGGCAGACCGACUUAGGUCUGGAACGAUCAGCCUCAGGUUCGACGAGAAGUUCCAGGCCGCCAAGAAGAAGACCGCCAAGGACCGCCAGGCAGAGGCCAAGAGGUUCGCCAUAUCUAAGCCAAAGACCAGCGCGAUGACGGCCCUGGCGACUAUGACGUCUAUGACGACAGCGGCGGCCAGCGAGGUGAAGAUCUACGAGAGCGAGGCGGAGCAGGCCCUGGUGGAGUUCAAGUGGACCGAGAGCCAGAGGAUUGUGAUCAGCAUGCCGCUCAGCACGUUCGUUAAAGGACUUUUCAGCAUGCUGGUGGCGAUCGUGCUGCUGGGCUUCGUGUGCUGCGCAGUGCUCAAGGCUGCAGGUACGGCGCGGCCGGUCCCGACAUCUCCAGAGCCAGGCAGUGAGAAGGAGUUUGUACCGACACAGAUCCCGAAGGAGAAGAAGGUGAAGUUGAGUACGGUCAAGUGGGACAUUGGUUGCCAGGGACCAGUCAACUACACGAGUGUUGGGCGACCCGACGGACAGUACGGACAAUACAAACACGUGACGAAUGGAUUUCGGCGAGGCUGGGAGGUUACCCGUGAGCUGCAUAUUGUGCAGCAGAAGCCGCACCAUGAGUGA